CGUUGUUCCUUCUCCGUUACUUACUGUUUCCCUCUUCUCUCUCCAUGCCUCUCCAAACCCUAAAACCUUCAAUCCAUGGCGUUCGCGAAUCUCUCCUCUCUGUCAAGCAGCGAGCUUUCCUUCUUCCCAAGCAGUGGAGGUCGAUUCCUGCAGAGAAGAACCGGUGCGAUUUGCGAAUCACUGUCGCUAGAGGUGGAAAUAAGGUUGAUGGAUUUGGAGGUAAGUAUGGAGAGGUUUUGAGGAGGAAUGGAGUUGGGAUGAAGGAUGUAGACAUGGCGACACUGGGGAACCUUUGUGUGGACAUCGUUCUGGACGUCCCGAGCUUGCCCCCGGCGCUGAAAGACGAGAGGUUGGCUUAUAUGGAGCGCUUGGAGGCUUCUCCCCCUGAUAAGAAACAUUGGGAAGCUGGUGGUAACUGCAACUUGGCCAUAGCUGCUGCAAGGCUGGGGCUUCACUGUGCCUCUCUUGGCCAUGUUGGUGAUGAGAUUUAUGGACAUUUCCUUCUUGAUGUGCUUCGUGAGGAGGGCAUUGAUUUUGUUGAUAUGAAUGAAAAUAUUGAAUCUAUUUGCAGAGAAAGUAUUUCUUACCAAACACUCCUAUGUUGGGUUUUAGUUGACCCUUUCCAAAAGCAUGGCUUUUGCAGCCGAGCUGAUUUUAGUGAUGAGCCUAUGUUUAAUUGGAUGAGGGAGCUCUCAGCAAAAGCAAAGAUAGCUAUUCAACUGUCCAAAAUCCUUUUCUGCAAUGGUUAUGCGUUUGAUGAAUUUUCUUCGGAUAUCAUCAUCUCUGCUCUUUAUUGUGCUAUUGACAUGGGAACUGCAGUAUUUUUUGACCCUGGUCCACGAGCAAGGACUCUUUUGCUUGGGCUGCCUCAACAACAGAGAGCUCUUGAACUUUUUUUGAGGCACAGUGAUGUUCUUCUGUUUACUGCAGAUGAGGCAGAGUCAUUGACAGGGAUCACAAACCCCAUUCAGGCAGGACAAGAGUUACUCAAGAAAGGAGCUCACACAAGAUGGGUCAUAAUUAAGAUGGGUGGUAAGGGAUCAAUUUUGAUAACCAACUCCAGUAUUAUAUGCGCACCGGCAUUCAAGGUGAAUGUUGUCGACACCGUCGGGUGUGGAGAUAGCUUUACUGCUGCUAUUGGGUAUGGAUUUCUCCAUGAUAUUUCUCCUGUUAGUACAUUGGUUCUUGCCAAUGCAGUGGGUGCUGCGACGGCCACCGGGUGCGGAGCUGGUCGAAAUGUCGCAGAUUUAGACAAGGUCUCAAAACUUUUAAGCCAAUCAAAUCUCAAUGAAGAUGAUAAUUUCUGGCGUGACUUGAUCAAUGAAAAUUUGGAGAACCCGGAUAUUUUACUUGUUUCCAAAGUAGAAACCAUAAAUGGACAACAGAAAGAUGGUGUCAUUCGCUUACCAAUACAGCAUGCACUUUAUGAAAUUCUACCUAAGUUAAACACUGUUUGUGACCGUAAGGUAACACAAGUGUGAAAGAUUUAGAUUCAUUUCUGGAGAAAAUUGGGUCAAUAAGCUCAUUGAUUUUGAUGAUUUGAUUUUGUUCUCUGUUACUGCCUUAGUUGCCUUAGAUGCUGAGUGGACUCAGAUGCUGAGUGGACUCGUAAAGGACCAAAUUGCCAAUGUUUUCUUAAUUUAAUGCCAUGGGCUUGCUCA